GCUUGUCGUUGUUGCCGAUGGCGCCCCAUACACCCAAGGAUGAAGGAUCUCAGCCGCCACCACCCAUCACAAAGGGAGGAGAGUACACAAUCCAGACUGUGUCGGUGGGCUGCAAGCUCUACAUCCGCCGCCCGGGCCCGAACGGCCAGGAGGAGGAGCGCCUUGCUGAGAUCUUGUCGAUUCGCGACAAGCCCGUGAAUCCCUAUGCCUCGCGCCAAGUGAAGAGCGAGGAGGACGCACAGCGACCCGAGGACCGCCUCGAGUUCUUUGUUCACUGGGACCAGUUCAACAAGCGCCUGGACGAGUGGGUGCCGGGGUCCCGCCUCGUCCUCUCUCGCGACCUCGAGUGGCCCCGCCCCAAGGCGACGCCCGCACCCAAGAAGGCCGUCGCGCCCAAGAAGACCCCCGCAAAGAAGAGCCAGCAGUCGUUGCUGAAGAGGGCGGCGACCGCGAGUGCCCUCGCGGUCGGCAAGGCCUCGCAGGAAUCUGGCACCCCCACUCCCGGGACCCCUGGUCCCUCCGCCCCCGCAUCAGCGCGUGCGAGCCCGUCUCCCGCGCCAUCGGUCGCAGGCCAGAAGCGGAAGACGCUUCACGACGAGGACGAAGAGGAAGAAGAUGACCUCGACGCUGAUGCGGAGGGCGAGAUGGACGUUGACGGCGAGGGCGAAGUGCUCGACCUCGACGCGACCGAGCAGCCGCCCCCGCCCCCGCCGCUCUCCGUGUUCAGCAAGGAGCAGGAAAUCGAAAAACUGCGCACGUCGGGCUCCAUGACGCAGUCCAUCUCCGAAAUCGCGCGCGUGAAGAACCUCAACCGUCUCCAAAUCGGCAGGCACGAAGUCGACGCGUGGUACUUCAGCCCGUAUCCCCAGGAGUACGCACACCUACCCGUGCUCUACCUCUGCGAGUUCUGUCUGUCGUACUUCGGGUCGCAGUUCAUGCUCAGCCGGCAUCGCAAGCGGUGCAAUCUACUGCACCCGCCCGGGAACGAGAUCUACCGGCACGAAGACAUAUCGUUCUUCGAGCUGGACGGCAAGCGACAGCUGACGUAUUGCCGUAACUUGAGUCUCUUAUCGAAAUGCUUCUUGGACCAUAAAACGCUGUAUUAUGAUGUAACACCGUUCCUGUACUAUGUGAUGUGUCAAAGGGAUUCAACAGGAUGCCACAUGGUCGGAUACUUCUCGAAGGAAAAGGAAUCCGCAGACAACUACAACGUCGCGUGUAUUCUUACACUUCCCCAGCACCAACGGCAUGGCUACGGCAAGCUGCUCAUAGAGUUCUCUUACGAGCUCUCCAAACGCGAGGGCAAACUGGGCAGCCCGGAGAAGCCGCUCUCUGACCUCGGCCUCCUGGGAUACCGCGCCUAUUGGGCGGAGACUAUCAUCGACCUGCUCAUGAACACGACCGAGGACAUCAGUAUCGACGACAUCGCGCAGAAGACUUCCAUCACCCAUGCAGAUGUGAUGAACACGUGCACGACGCUGCAGCUGUUCAAGCAUUACAAAGGCCAGCACGUUAUCAGCCUUCCCGAAGCCGUCCAGGAGCGGUACAGGAAGGCGAAAGAGAAGCGCAAGCGUCGGAUUCACUCCGAGUGUCUCAUAUGGAAGCCCCCCGUCUUCUCUCGAGAUCAACUGAGAUUCGGCUGGUGACGCUGUGCUGGUCUCGCGAGGGGUGGGAGCCGUGGAGGCCCGAGGGUUGCGCGACGAGGGACGAGGGGCACAUGGACAUAUGGAGCCAAGGCGCACUUAGUGAGCCCGCGUGGCGCUUUCGUGUACUUGGCGGAUCGUGCAUCGUGUACGAGUUUUAAAAAUACAGCAGUAUAAUCCCCCAUCCUCCCAGAACGCGCUACCGUAACGAGCAAUCGCCCCUCGUCUCCUGACGGACGCGACGGACUGCGCACGCAUUUAGCACAUGCCCGCGCGCGCACGACAGCCCGCUCAUUCCGCAAUACGCAAUCACAACAAACAGAACGAGUCCACAGAGCCCGUACCUAGCACCUACUCCGCGCCGUCCCCCGCACCGGGUGCUGUUCCCGUCUGUCGUGUCCGCCUGCGCAGCACGACCGUCCCCGCGUCCUCCGUCCCCGAGCCAGCGUCCCGGUCCAGGAUGGCGUACGACUCUUCCCCGCUGCUGCCGUUCGAGCCCGCCGGGCUGUGCCCGGACGGGCCUCUCGGCGACGUCGUGCCGUCACCCGCACGCGUAUUUCGGUCUCCGUCGCGGGCUCCGUCCGCACGCGGCUUCUCUGGACGGCCUCCUCUUGCGUCAUGCGAAGCAGAGCUGGGGUGGGGGAGCCCGGCGAGGCCACCGCGGUCGUAGAGCGACGUGCCCGAGCCGUAGUGCGCGUACUGGUGCUGCAUGAACUCGCGGCGCUGCAGCGUGGGCGAGCCGGGCUGCGAGGGCGCGGGGGAGAAGGUGUCCACCCCGGAGAGCUUGAGGUUGAGCGUGUCGUCGUCGCCCUCGGGCAGGGGGGUCGCGGCCGCACGAGCUGUGUCCACGUCUUCCUGGAUAACGAUCCUAGGCUGGUGUGCUAGGUUCAGCGUGCCGGGAGCAGUAUCCGGGUGCACAUGGUGGUCGUUCUCGCCGCUCGUCGAGGCCUUGGUCUCGUCGAUGACACCGAGCGUGCGUGCAAUCAGGUACGACGCGACGUCCAAGAGAGUUAAGAGGAUGAAAGGAACGAUGAGCGCGAAUGCGAGAAGGCGGCACGUAUACGCAAUGCUAUGGACCCAUGAGUCCGCCUUGUAGUUGACGAGAUUAUCGACGUAGAGGUGCCAAAUGGAGUGAGGGAGGGAUGAG